AUCAAGUGGAUGAAGAUCCGGCUGUCAGUAAUCAAGAUGGCAGUGAUAGUAGUCCUGAUGAGAUUCAGAAAAAAGGAAAAGGCAAGAACUGGAGUAAGCGUGAGGAUGAACUUCUCAUAGCAGCUUGGGUGCACAAUUCAUGUGAUCCGAUUGAUGGAAGCUCCAAAAGGGCAGAGACCUAUUGGAAGGAAGUCGCAGCAGAGUACAACAAAUAUGCAACAAAAGAGCAGAAGAAAACAGUUGGGCAAUGCAAGAACCACUGGACCAAGACCACAAAGAAGGUUACAAAGUUCAAUGGUAUCUACAAUGUUGAAAAAAGUACAUGGCCUAGUGGGAGUGAUGACAAGCAACUUAUGGAGAGGGUAUGUGCCAAAUACAUGAGUGUUGCCAAGACAAAAAGACCCUUUCCAUAUGAGCACUGGUGGGAGUACGUGAGGAAAUAGGCUAAAUGGAGAAGGUCUUAUUCAGUUGAAGAGAUGAACAAAAGAAACAAGUUGAAUGCAUCAGGAGCUUAUAGUUCUCCAACCCAGGCAAUAGAUGAGGAAGGUGAACUUCAACGACCCCCGGGACGCAACACUUCAAAAGACGCAAAAGAUAAACAGAAGUCAUCAAGCAAGUCUAAAUGCUCUGGAAGCUUGACAAGUGAGAGUGUGGACAAAUUUAAUGAGAUUCAACUACGAAAAUCAAUUGCUACAGAGAAAAUGGCCGACGCCACCCUUAAUCAAGCAGAAGCCACAAAAGUUCAAGCAGAAGCUGAGAAAGAAAGAGUUGAAACUGGGAAGGAGAAGAUAAAGGUGGACAAACUGAGCAAAUACCUUGAUCUUCUUCACAAAAAUACUUCAGCUUAUGAUGAUGCCCAAAAGAAAAGACAUGAACAAGUUCUAAAUUUCUUAGCUAAUGAUCUGUUCGGUUAAGAUUAGAUGUAUCUUGUAGGUGAAUGAUGCGCUAUGUAAGCAGUUUCAUGUGAUCGUUGUUUAUUAGAACUUUAUGAAUUAGUAUGUAAUCACUGGUUGUAAGCAUUUUCUGAAUUACUAUGUAAUCAUUUGAUGAAUUACUAUGCACUGCAUUUAACUUGCUGGAAAUAUAGCUGUUGAAAACUAGCCGUUGGAAACUAUUCCCUAUUAAUAGAGGCAGCAGCUCCAUCCCACCAAGCCCAAACACAACACACCUUCCACUCAAGAGAUGUCCACCAAUGAGAACCCACAAGCAGAGCAACAAGACAAUGUUGAUGCAACAAUUAGUUUCGAAGCCAUGAGUGACUUUUUCUGGGACUUCAUGAAUAACCCAGUUGAAGCCCAGAUUGAAGCAGAAAUUCGAGCUCAGAUUGCAGCACAACAGAUAGGUACGUCCAAUGAACACAGAAGACUACCUAGAAGACACCUUGAUAGAGAUAGGCAAGGUGGUGAGGAUAGGCUGAUGGCUGAUUACUUCUCAGAAAAUCCAUUAUACACUGACAAGCAAUUUAGGCGUAGGUUUUGUAUGAGGAAGCAUUUAUUUUUACACAUUGUCCAAACUCUUGGCGAGUGGUCUCCAUUCUUUACUCAGAGGAGUGAUGCAUUUGGCAAGCCUGGCUUUUCUCCCUUGCAGAAAUGCACUGCUGCUAUGCGAGUGCUAGCAUUUGGGACACCUGCUGAUUUGUUUGAUGAUAACUUGAGAAUGGGUGAAACCACAAUCAUCAAGUGCAUGACCACAUUUUGCAAGGGUGUGAUGGAGAAGUUUGGUCCAGAAUAUCUUAGAAGGCCCACUAACGAAGACAUACAACGCUUACUUCAUGUAGGGGAGGCCCGUGGCUUUCCUGGCAUGUUGGGAAGUCUUGAUUGCAUGCACUGGACAUGGAGAAAUUGUCCAGUGGCUUGGAAGGGAAUGUUCACUCGUGGCGAUCAUGGAGUUUCCACAGGCAUGCUCGAAGCUGUAGCCUCACAUGACCUAUGGAUAUGGCAUGCAUUUUUUGGGGUUGCUGGAUCAAGUAAUGAUAUCAAUGUCCUAGACCAAUCAACUUUGUUUACUCAAGUGCUGCAAGGUACAGCUCCAAAGGUUCACUUUGAAGUCAACCACAAUGAGUAUAACUUGGGAUACUACUUAGUAGAUGGCAUUUAUCCGGAAUGGGCGACAUUUGUGAAAUCAAUCCCUAUGGCUCAAAGUGAGAAGCACAAGUUAUAUAAAGCACAUCAAGAAGGAGCAAGGAAAGAUGUAGAGCGGGCUUUUGGUGUUUUGCAAGCUCGUUUUGCUAUAGUUCGUCAUCCAGGGCGUAUGUUGCAAAGGUGUGCUCUUGCUGAGAUCAUGUAUGCUUGCAUUAUAUUGCAUAACAUGAUCGUUGCAGAUGAGAGGCACACCUACAAGUGCUAUGACAAAUAUGACUGUGACUAUGAAUUGCUACAAGGCGCCCAAAUACCAUAUCUUGAAACUGAACAAGGACCAUUUGAUGGGUUUGAUCUGGUUCUUGAGACAGAUGCUGCCAUUCGGGAUCGAUCCACACAUCGUCGUCUCAAGGCUGAUUUGGUCGAGAAUAUUUGGCAAAAGUUUGGAGGAAAUGGACAUUAGCAAUUAUAAGUUCUACAUGAAUUCAUCUUAUUAAUUUCUACCCCUUUCUACUUUAGUUUUCCAGUCGAGCAUCUCCUUUGUAAUUGUGUAAUCUAGUUUACAAAUUGUGGAAUGAGAACAUUUUAUUAUUAUUUUUUGUUGCUAAUUUUUAAGAACAAAAAAGUAGCAUCACUGACAUUAUUAACUAGUACUACACUACAUGCAAGUAUAGCACGUCCUAAUAGAUAGAGCUUCAUAGGCCGAACAUUACAAUGUCUUAACUGAAUCCAGUAAAACAUUUUUGUUUGCUUCAUAGGCUGAACAUCACGCAUCCUCACCU